AAAAGGUAGGGAAUCCAGCUCCUCGUCCUCCGUCCUCCCCAUUACCGUGCUCCCGUUCUGACAGGAACGAGUGCGUGAAGACUGAAGAACAGCAUGCGAAAAACGAAAAACGGAUAUACAAAAACGUCAGUCCGUCUUCUCUGCAACUCGGCUUCUUGUCUCUGUCCUGCUCUAACAUCACUGCAAUGGGCAAUGCCACUCGGACGAAAAUGGCGUUAUUCACCAUAGAUUCCUAAUUUUCCAUGUUAGGGUUCUGGCAGUGGGAAAUUGGUGGAGCUUUGGUGGGUCAGAGCUACAUUUUAAUUUUUAAGUGGAAUUUGAAUCCUUAGAAGGUGGAAUGGGAUCGAGUAGUAGUAAAGAUGCCGCGGCAGCGUCGUUGCCGUCGUCGUCUAAGGCUGUUCGUCGGACGAGAUCGAAGGGAGCUAGGGUUUUCCAGCCUUCCUGUCUGGGCCGAUCGUUUGGAUCUUAUGACAACGACAGUGGCGAAGAGAGCUCUGAUCAUCGGAACAAGGAAAAUAGGAGUUUGAACAAUGAUACCUAUACAGACCAAACUGGAAUAGACUCUGAUCAAGUGGAACGUGAAUGCUAUGGGAAGGUGAAGGUCCAACAACAAGCAUCUAAUGAGGUGCCUUCAAUCUCUUCUGACAAUGAGCUCGAUGAAUGGGGUCAAGAGAGUGUUGCUGAUACCAUCUCCAGAUCUGGUAGCAGCUCUAACCGAGCUGCCUCUGGUCGAUCCUUGAACCUUUCAAAUCGCAUUCGAUCCCGCUUUAGUUUCAUUCCUGGUAAUAUAAGCUUUAGGUUAAGCAGAGCAUCUAGCUUGGGGUCAUCAAGUGCUUAUCCUCUUUUCUCUACAAGCCUCACAAUUUCCAACAGUGAAGAAAGGUUUCAUGUACAUACUGGUCCUGCCAAUAUUUCAGUUAGCAGCAAUGAAACUCAUGAAGGGAGUGACUUGCUUCCUGAAUGCACCAUUAAUAGACUACCUGCAACACAACAUGAAUUUACUUCUUCUGGUGUGCAAUUAGACUCUUCAGCCUCUGGUUCUGUUCAUUUGCAGGAUGAUGAAAUCAUUUCCACAGUGGAUGUUGUUCAGAACAAUGAGAACACAAGAAAUGGAAUUGAUGUAAAUGGGCAUUCUCAGAGGAAUCAUACAGAGGUAGAGAGCAUUGAAACAAGGCAUCCAGAUAGACGAAUUGGAGGUCGAGAACCAGUUGAAAGAAGUGUCCGGUUUAGCCGAACAAUGAGUGUUGGCAGGCUCCGUGACAGGGUUCUUCGCAGGUCCUCAAUCUCUGAUGGAUUGUUUGGUCGUCUACACGAAGACAGUGAGGUUCGAGAUUCUAGCCAGGGGAGUGGGAGACAUGCCUGGGAUGGUGUAACAGGGACAUCAGCCUCUGACAGGAAUGCUGAAACACCAACAACUUCAUCUAAUUAUCCUUUAUCCAGUAUGCCAAGCUCCGUUGAAAGCAUUCAAAAUGACGAGGUAGAGCCCUCAAGAACAAGAGACACCAGAUAUCAUGACAUUUUGGAGCGUAGAACUGAUUUUCUUGAGAGGAGAAGAAGAAUAAGAUCACAGGUCCGUGCACUGCAGCGGCUUGGUAGCCGCUUUGAAAAUUUAUCUGGACAUGAGAGGUCAUGUAUUUUGGCAGGUCAGCAUCGAACAGGGCGUUGUUCCUGCCGAACAAAUGGCCGUUCCACCAAUCCAGAUGAUGAUAACAGUGCCAGAGCUAGCAUAUCAAGGAUUGUUAUGUUAGCAGAAGCAUUGUUUGAGGUUCUGGAUGAAAUUCACCAGCAAUCUGUGGUUUUAUCUUCCCGGCCUUCUGUUUCUUCGAUUGGCUCUGUUCCUGCACCAAAGGAAGUUGUAGAAUCAAUACCUGUUAAAAUAUACAUGAAGUCACAAAAACAUAUGAAUGAAGAGGCUGCACAAUGUUAUAUAUGCCUUGUGGAGUAUGAGGAAGGGGAUAGCAUGCGGAUAUUGCCUUGCCAUCAUGAAUUUCACCAGACAUGUGUAGACAAGUGGCUUAAGGAGAUUCACAGGGUAUGUCCACUUUGUCGUGGGGAUGUUUGCAGAUCUGAUUCGUUGCCAUCAUCCAUGGAAAUUUGAGAUUAAAAAAAAAUGAGCCAAAUGCUCUCACCAUGAUAUCCAUAGUCCUGAAGGACCUUACGUUCCUUGAAGACCAUAACUGUUGAUGGGCAAAGUGCAUCCCAUCUCUUUUCAGAAUGAUGGCUUCUUUCAUGGUGCUUUGGGAAGUUUAGUCUACUUCUGCCUAAGGCAUCUCCUUGUUUGCUCUGGCCAGAUAAAAAUCCAGCACAGGUAGAAAUUGACGGAGCUGCUUGCUCUUUGCCGUUGCUACAAAAUGGGAGCUUAGAACAUCUCAUUUAGGGAGGUUCAUUGUCAAAAUCUGUUUAAUAUAUAGCUUUGCUUCCUCAAGUGUUCAAAGAUGUUUUUGAUUUGUCAAUUGUCAUCUAUGCUGUCCUACAGUAGGACUGUAACAGUCCUAGAGGGCCCUGCUGAAUCUAAUUUAUAGCAAGUUUUAGAAAACAAUUGCUGAUAUGGGCACCUCUAAAUUUUCACUUACAAUUGUAUUGUGGAUCAAAAUCUUUGAAAAAAAAAGUGAUUUCCUCUAGUUGCAACUUA